CUGUAAAAUGGACCCCAUUUUCAUGUCUCCAGUGAAGACAGCCCUACAACAUAUGUCUGAGUCAGUGUUUAUAGGACUGUGUGAUAAACUUGGGACUUCACAACUGGUGGCCAUGAAGAGAGAUGUGGUGGACAUGAUGGAUAUGCUGGACAAUCAAGUGAGAACAAAUGAUGAGAACAGUGUGAUUUGGAGUGGAAGUCACAAAGAAGGAUUCAGGCUGGAAGGGUCAGAUAUAGACUAUAUGUCCUGGCCAAAUAAUUACCGUGUGAUCUGGGAAUUAUCUCAGUCUCAGUAUUACAACACACACAGACUAACACUGAUCCUCAGUGACUGUUCUGAUAGUCCACCAGGAUUCACUUUGUUAUAUUUACUGUCACCAAGCAUGGACAGACAGGUCCAGAGAGCUUGUGUUAUAAUGAAUAAUAGACAUCUUAUCUCUAGUUCAGAAUAUAGAAGGACUUGGUGUUCUGUAGUUUAUUCUGACUCCAUUGAGCAUGGACCCUGUGCUAGUGGAGUUUCUGAUGGGGAAACAGAAUAUGAUAUAGCCCACUGUUUCGUUAGUGACUUUUGGCCUCAACCUGCCACCGUAUGGAUAUACAGAUGUCACUCCUGGCCCCAGCCUCAUAUUGUUGAUGACAUAGUUAAAAAUGGAUGUCACCUUGUCGCAAUAGGACAUACUCUAGGAAACCAUGUGCACAACGAAUGGAGAAUUUCUUUCUCUCUUGCAGAAUUUAAACUUGUGUGUGCUAUGAAUCACUGUCAAUUCUUAACUUAUGGCUUGCUUAAAUUGUGCUUAACAGAAAUAAUGAACAAUGGACUAAGUGAUGAAGAUAAAUUACUGUGUUCCUAUCACAUGAAGACAGCAGUUUUCUGGGUGAUUCAACAGAAUACAUUACAACAGUGGUGUCCACAAAAUCUCCUGGAGUGUUUCUGGGUCUGUUUCAAGCUCAUCCUUAAGUGGGUGUAUGAGGGAGUCUGUCCUAACUUUUUCAUUCCCCAAAACAACAUGUUUCUGAGUAAAGUACAUUGUGAAACAAAACAUCAGCUAUUUAUAAGACUGUAUGGGUUGUAUGAGAAAGGUUUAGCAUUCCUGUUACACAGUCCCUCGAUUAGGUCUUGUAUUAUAAAUGUUUUUCAUAACCCCCACCUCUCCAUCUGUACAGAUGAACAUACACUGAUUUCUGAGGCUGAGUUUGAUAUAGAGCUAGUGAAGGAGAUACAUACAUAUGGCUCACUUCUCACACCAAACCUAGAAACCUAUAUGAGAUAUCUACAUACAAUAGAACAGAUGAUAGAUUCACCCCUCCUAACACAGUAUCAAGUCCUGAUUCUACAGAAACUUACAGCGUCUGUCCUUCAGAAUACAGCUUUUACAUUUUACAUGGAAACUUACACACAUAAAAACAAACUGAGGUAUAGAGCUGACAAAAUCUCCUGUCACAUGCUGAAAUUAGCAGCUAAGUUUGGUUAUAUUACUGACAUGAUGUACAUAGCUAUAUAUUAUUACAAGACACUUAGAUACAUGAAAGCUUUAUCUAUCAUAGAGAUGACCAAGGUCAAGUUAGCACAGCCUUAUGUGAUGUAUUGGUAUGAUGUAGAUAGAGAGAUGUAUACUGAGGCUGUAGGGGGACAACCCUGGUCUACAAAGAUGAGACAUGCUGUUGUAGGGAAUGUCACACUUAACAAUAAAAUCCAUUACAUCAGUGAAUUGAUACCAGAACAACAGUCUGCUCAACAGAACGAAGAGCCUGUAUUAUUUAUCCCACCCUUUAUCCUCUUAUACAUGCUAAAAAUCUUGUGCUACAGACAUGUAGAAACAUCGAGAGUACAAACAGCUCUAAAUGAUCUACAGACCCUAGUUCACUAUGACCAGGGACAGCUUAUACCUUCACCAUACAGAGAUAUAUCUUGGCAGAUUCUGGGGAUCUGUCAACAGGUGACAGGGAACCUCCAGGCUGCUCUAUACUCAUACCAACAAUCUCUCGGACAAAGACCAUUCAAUAAAAUACAAAUGGCUACAGAAAUGAGAAUACAGGGAAAUUGUCACUAAGAUAACUAAAUUAGUAAAAUAAAUUGAAACAUUUACAUGUAGGAAUUUAGGCUGGACUGAAACAUUGGCCUGGAUAGCUCAGUGGUUUGAGUAUGUGAAUUAAAUCUUCAUGGUUUAGAGAAAACAUGCCAAUACUACAUAACAGAAAUUAAAGAGAAACUAAUUUAAGUGUAUUUUGCCUUAUUCCCUGCUACAUGUACAAUUAUAGGUGGAACCAUUAUGUCUUCAAUAGCAAAUCUCAUGAAGUUAACUAACAUGUAUAUUUAGAGAUAAAUCUUCUACUACAUAUAUACAAACUGGAUUACUAAACUUCUCUGUUUCUGAAUGAAAUGAGAUUUUUAAAAUCAAUGAAAUGGUCAUUCAGAAAAUAUAGUAGAGGAAGAAGAAAUAUUUACAUUCAGUGUAAUUUUCUUUACGAAAUCCAUUAGAAAUCCACGAUGCUCAAAUUUCUAUAACACACGCGAAACCUUGUCACAGCACGGUACAAUACACUGUAGGAACUACAUGCAUGUUCAAUAUUUAGGAACACUAAAAUGUAUAUUGCUUUCACUAAAUUUCAUUUUUAAAAAAACUACCCUUCUUAAAUUAACAUAAAAUACAACAAAUGUGUAUUAAAAUGAAUUUGUCAUUUUUUUCCUCGCAAUGUUUAUUUGCGUUAUUUAACUUUCCAACGUCACAAAUGGCUUUCCAAUGUCACGAACAGCUAAUACAUUUAUAAGCAUA